GCCAUUUUGGAUUAUUUUACACAGCGUUUAACAAUGUGUGUGUGUGAAACGUUUUGUCAUCAUUUUCAGAAACAGGGACGCUCAAAAAUUAAUUGAAUUAAAAUAAGAUUUCAAAGUUAUUUUUACAAUAUUUUAUAUCAGAAUAUAGUUAAAAGUAUUGAUAUGGCAAAUGUUUAAUUAAUAAAGAUUCAGAUUUUUGUCUCAAAGUGAGGAAGUUUUAACAUAAAUAAUCACAAGAAGGAGGAGUAGGAAAUGCUCAAUAGACGAAUGAUUCUCGUCAGCGGUGAUUCGCAAAAUGCUGGACAGCAUAGAGUUAUAACAUCAAGUGGAAGCUCAGUGAAUAAUAUAAUCGAUACAAAAGGACAAACAAUUUAUACGACCAGUGACAAGACCACUCAUUUUAUGAGUCCGAUUGGCUCACUUCAGUUAACAGCUGAAGAAUGUAAUGAAAUUUUAAUGAAACGUGCUGUAGCUGCAGUUCAAGCUAAUAAUCAGCAUACAAUAACAACGACUUCGGCAUCUGAUCAACACAAUGCUCCAAUUUCUAUUCAAGUUCAGAAAGUUUUACAAACUCUUGAAGAAAGCGAAGAUCAACAAGGUCAACAACAGCUUACACAUUGUAAAAUGGAACCGAAUAUGAGCACAUCACCAAAGCUGGAAACAAUUGAAAUUGUUGUAAGUGCCGAUAAUUUACAAUCUACAAUGCAACAUUACAUGACUGACAAUUCGCAGCACUUUGAAACAACAGAAGAUGUCAAACCGGUCAUACAAAAGAGUCGUAAAAAUGAUCCGGGCAACAACAAGGAGCGUCCUUACGCUUGCGAACAGUGUGGUAAAACUUUUUUGUUGAAACAUCAUCUUACGACUCAUGCUCGAUCGCAUACUGGUGAACGUCCUCAUGUUUGUCCACAUUGCGGAAAAGAUUUUUCUCAUAAACACUGCUUAAACACUCAUUUAUUGUUACAUACAACUGAACGUCCAUAUCAGUGCGGUGAAUGUAAAAAAUGUUUCACUUUAAAGCAUCAUUUAUUGACACAUUUGCGUGUUCACACACGUGAUCGUCCAUUUGUUUGUCAAGAGUGUGGACGAUCGUUUCCUUUAAAACGACAUUUAGUAACUCACAGUAAAUUUCAUGCUGGAGAAAGGCCGUACAUAUGUGAGGUAGGGGAUUGUGGUGAAAGUUUUGCACAGAAGGAACAUCUUGAUAUGCAUUCAAGAUUUCAUGGAUCAGUUAAUCCAUUUGCAUGUGCCGAUUGCGGUGCAACGUUUGCUCGUAAAUUUCAACUUAUUAAUCAUGGAAAGUUACAUGGACGUGUUCCACAUUCUUGUACAGUUUGUGGUCGUGAGUUCUUGCAAAAACGAACUUUAGCAACUCACAUGAAAACUCAUACCGGUGAAGCUUCGUUCCCUUGUCUUGCGUGUGGUGAAGGAUUCGCAUCAAAAGCUGAGCUUAAUGCUCAUAAUCAAACGCCACCACGUUUACAAUACGCAUGUAGAGAAUGUGGAAGUGUUUUCAACAGUCGCGAGGGUCUCGCUUUGCAUUUACGCUUACACUCUGGCGAUAAGAGUCUUAUUAAUGAUUUAUGCGCUCUUACCGCCUCAAUUCCUGGACAUUUGUUCCAAGGGGUCAAUCAAUUGAGUUUACCACAAGGUACGACAUUUGUCACAACACCAGGAGCUUCAUCAUCGCCAGUUCCUGUGCAAAUCAUAACAUCAAGUGGUGAAGUUGUCAGUCAAAUUAUUCAAAGUCCAACACAUGCAACACAUCAACAUCAACAAAUUCAAAUUCAUCAACCCCAACAAACUCAAACACAACAAGGAACGACACAAAUUAAACAGCAAGUUGUUCAACAACAAACUGUUCAAGUUACUCAACAGCAACAGCAGCAACAACAGAAUCAAGUGCCACAAGGAACUGUCGUCCAGAUUACGUCUCCACCUCAACAAAAGGCUAAAACACAUUUCUGUCAGUAUUGUGGCAAGAGUUUCGUAGCUAAGCAUGGUCUGGUUUUGCAUAACAAGCGUCAUCCCGAUGGCAGCUGCACACUCCGUUCUCAUGUUUGCCCUGAAUGUGGCAAAGCAUUCUUACAGAAGAAUCAUUUGAUUUUACAUCAACGUCAACAUUUAGAGCAGAAUCGUGGAAGUAAACAGCAGCAGCAGCAACAACAGCAGCAACAACAGCAACAGCAGCAGCAACAACAGAUUGAUAAUCAAAGCCAAGCACAGCAAAAUGGUGACAUUAAUCAACAGAGUGGACAAAGUCAACAGACACAACAAAUUCAAAUCCAACAAACAAACCAACAAGGUCAAAGCCAACAACAGAAUAAUCAAAUUCAAUUAGCAACCAGGAACGUGCUGAUGUCAAAUCAGCCAGUUUUACAAGUUUUACCAGACAACACGACAUGGGUCAAGUACGAGAUAAUCCAAUCGGAUCAAAUGGAAUAGGGAGAAGCUUUCAGAGAUGUUAUGAUUAGUGGUAAGAAAGUGAUGCGCGUGAGAUUAGCGCAUCAACAAAAAGAAUAAAACAUGAGAAAUCGAUUUCGUUUUUCCAAGACAAACAGAAACAAAAUAAAAACAAAAGGUUGGGAUCAUAAAUUAUCACUGACAGAAGCAUCCGAAAAUAUUUUUCUCUCUCUUGAGUUUUUCAUAGUUUUUCUUUAUUCAUUUUUGUUGAUGGUUCGUGCAGGAAUUAAAAUAUAAAAAUUCAUUCACCCAUAAAUAUCCCAAGUACUUAUAAAUUCUUGGGUUUUAAACCGAUCUAAGAAGAAGGAGGAGAAUUUAAUUAUUUCAACAUUUAAUUUCAUAAAUUGUAAUUACAAUUUUUGUUUUCUAUUAAUUGUAAUGCAAAUAGUUUGUUAAGAAGGAAAAGAAUAUGUUAAAUGGCCUUAAUAUCUCUUUUUUCACAAUAUGCAAAUAAACAACAUGAAUGAAUGAAAGAAAAUAAAGUAAAAAGUCUAGAAAAUAAUUAAAUAAAUACAUAAAAAUAGUUUGAGAUAACAAUGAAUCGUGUAUAGAACGAACAUUAUAGAAAGAAGAAGAACCAUUUGACGUCUAAUUAUUUAAGUAAAUUGAUUAGAAAUCCUUUUUAGAUUUUAGUUUAUCUUCUCUUUUUUAUAGAAUUAUUUAAGACACAGAAUAAUUAUCAGCAAAGAAUUUGUGGUUUAUGAAUCCAAUUUAUGACUAAAUAUUAUGUAAGAAGAUCAAACGAGAUAAUGACAUUCGAGUCUCUUAAAAUUUGUUUCAAAAAAACAAGAAUAAAGUAAGAAAAUUGUUUACAUUGAAAGAAUUUAUGAAACGAAAAGAAAAUCAAAUUCGUCACAUCAAAUUUGAAAUUUAUGUAAAAUAAAAAUUGAUAUGAAAACUAUCUUUGAAUUAGAAUGUAAGAUAAAGUAUGGCAAUGUUUUAAAAUUUAUUGUAAGUGAUUUGAAAGUCGAUGAGUUAAGUUAUUCGAUUAAAUCAUAAACAUUUCAUUUAAUUAUUCUUAUUUCUCAAAUAGAUAUUUGGAAGUUGUUUCUAUAGUUAAACAAACAAAUACCUUCAAGACAUUUUUAUUUAAAUCUUAAACAAUGUCUCAAUAUUGUAAUUGAAAAGAUUUCCUUAAUGGAAACCAAAACCUUAAGUUCUUUAUUUCAACAUCUUUUUUUCCUUUUAUUUUUGAUUAAAUUAUAUUCAUAGAAAACUUU